GCUAAUGUGUGGCAACGAGAUAGUAUUGCUCUAAUAAAUAUUUUCCUUAUGUGGUGGUCAGGCAACGGCACAUCGAGCAGGGUAUUUGACUCUGUGUGUCUAAUAAGGCUUUUUGGCCAGAGAGGACCGAACGUUUACUCGACGUUUACGUUACUCCUCUGGCCCGCGGUGCACGAGCUAGUAGCUAGCCUGCUAACUGGAUAACACAGAGGCUCCCAAACUUUUCAGUCCUACAAAACUUCCCAUGUCUUCAUCAGCUCUGGAAACCAGAAGAGAUGUCUCUCGAUGAGGGUUCUGCAAAAAGUGGCAGCACACAGGCCAGCUCGACUUCAUCACUCCAGCUCACGGAUUGUCCUCGGGGUUACAGCAGUCUGUCCGUGAUGAUGGAGGGAACUGCAGUCACUCCUGACUUUGCAGCUGCUUGUCCUGUCCCCGGCACUGCAGCCUCACCAAAACACACCAGCACGACCGACGCUCUAAACCUCUCGGACAAUGCUGGACAGACAGCCAGAGGGAACGAGAAUAGCAUCAAUCGCAGGAACAGCUUUCAUCAUUCCAAACAGCAACAACAACAGACAAAACUAACAAAGCGGCGCAACACCUCAAACUCUAGCUUCAAGCAUCCGACAUCUGGAAAGAGGAGACGAAGGGCCAACUCAGAAAGCGACUCCGUCCUGCCUACCAACUUCCUCUUGGGUGGAAAUAUUUUUGACCCGCUGAAUCUCAACAGCCUGCUUGAUGAGGAGGUCAACAAGGCGCUCAAUGCAGAGACUCCCAAAUCCUCGCCACUUCCAGCGAAGAGUCGAGACCCUGUGGAGAUACUCAUCCCUAGAGACAUCACAGAUCCACUGAACCUAAACAGUGGGAUAGCGGACUGCAGCGUUUUGGUGUCCCCCUACAAGAGUGGAGGAAGGAAAAGACACCGCAAUAGGCACCAUGGAGGAGGAGGAGGAGGUGGGGGUGGGAUUUCAGCAACUCAAAUCAACCUCUCAGAAUCAGGAAAAAGUGAGGUUAAAAGUGGCACUUCCGCACUACAUCCAGGUACGGUAGAUUCAUUAUCUGCACUUGAUGUCUCCAAAGAGCCCAACAGUUUCUCCAGUGUCACAGGGGAUUCCCAUGAGCACACAGCUGACUCUUUAGCCAGCUGCAAGGAGGAGGUGACGUCUGUAUCCGCAGAGGAUUCCACUUCUUCUUUGUCAGGGGCACCAAAUCAGCACACAAGCAGGCGGAAGCGAAGACGUAACUCAGGCAAAAUGGACCCCCCUGUGACCCAUUCUACUCCCAUCGGAAAGUCAGCUACUGGUGACAAGAGCUGUGGUACAGCAGGCCCAAGAAAUUCUAAUUCCUUCCACACACCAAGAAGUGGUCCCAAAACAGGAUCAGGACUUCGCCAGCACCAGCAGCCGUACAACCAGUCUAAGGAACAGCAGAAGAAGUUUCAGUAUGGGAACUAUAAUAAGUAUUAUGGCUACCGCAACCCAGGCAAUAAUGAAGACCCACGUCUACGUGUGCUUCGUCCAGAGUGGUUUGAAGGUAAACAUGUACUAGACUUGGGUUGCAACGCAGGCCACCUAACCCUCUAUAUUGCCAAAAUGCUAAGACCUGCCCGUAUAUUGGGCCUAGAUAUCGAUGGUGGUCUGAUACAUGCAGCUCGAAAGAACAUCAGACAUUAUCUGUCUGAGCUUCAGACCCAAGAGGCCAGGCGUGCAACACAGGGGGCAAAGACUACUAAAUCAGAGGAGAGGAAUGGAAAUGAGAGACACACAGGCACAGAAAAGAAGCACAAUGAAGCCGAGAGCAGGGAUGAAAACGGGAGACCAUUUAAAGGGGAAAGUGGCCCUGCAGAGGCUGUAAAUGACAAUGACUCCUGUCACACAGAUGCGACAGGGACCCAGAGGCGGGACAGCAAAACAGUGCAAACAAAGCAAGAAGAUUGUGAUUCACCCCCUGCAGAUCACUCUGUGAGUUGCUCUUUUCCAGUGUCCCUACGGAUCUCCAGGGGCCCUAUCGCUGCACCUCCACUAACAGACACAUCCACCACACAGCCUGGAGAGUUCCCCUCAAAUGUGUCCUUCAUCAAGGCCAAUUACGUACUGGAGAACGAUAAUCUGCUUUUGACUCAGCGGCCGGAGUAUGACGUGAUCCUUUGCCUGAGCGUUACCAAAUGGGUUCACUUAAACUGGGGAGACAGUGGCCUCAAGCGGCUUUUCAAGAGAGUCUACAGACAUCUACAUCCUGGAGGGAUGUUCAUCCUGGAGCCUCAGCCCUGGGAGUCCUAUGUGAGGAGAAAGAAGUUGACUGAUAAUAUUUGCAGGAAUUAUCACAGCAUCCGUCUCAAACCUGACCAGUUUUCAUCAUAUCUUACAAGCGACGUGGGCUUCACCAGUUUUGAGUACAUUGGGGCCCCCAAGUGUUCAGUAAGAGGUUUUCAGAGGCCAAUCUAUGUUUUUCACAAAUGACCACCCCUGCCUUGAACAUCAUUGAAUGUGAGUAGCCUAUACCUCCAUCAUACAUUCAAGCCAGCCAGCUGCACUGGACUGCAAGGAGUCCUCUGAGUCCUUAACGGUUACUCCAGCUUCGGAUGCUGAAGAUGAACAUCAGAAAAGAAAAUGGGACCAAAAGUGGAACAAAUUUUGUAGAGAUCUGCUGUGAAGAGACAUCUAUCGGAAUCCUGUGUGGCUGCAAAGAUCUUAGGAAAAGUCUGGAGUACACUUGGAUAGAACUCUUGACUGUGGAAGAAGUGCUCGUCUGAUCAUUUCCUCUGACUAUACUAGCGCUGACAAUGCCCCAGUGUGAUGCAAUUGUGUUUGAAUAUCUUUGGCCAUAUAUAUUUAGUUUUAGCGCAUCCUUUUGUGCCAUGGCAUCACCAUACAUCAUUCAUCAUUUAUCCUAGGAUUGCCCAAUAAGGUAGACUUAUUUGGUCCUUCACUUCACUUAUAAAAACAUAGAUAAAUUCAUCAACUUUUAGUGUGCCACUGGAUUUCAUAGCCAUUCCACAGACAUCACGGAAAUCUUUUAAAAAGCUACAUUGAAGUGCAGGUAAUGUGUUUUAUGCUGUGCAUCACACUCUGUAGGCUUUUCAUGAACGAAGCGCCACUGAUGGCAUACAAAUCACAACUUACUGGUGCUGCCUUAUGUUUGAAUUCUUCAGUGCUGAUGCAGCAGGCUUAUAAAUGCAGGCCAUCAUCUUGGUGAAUUUAAAACAGUCAAACAAAAUCAAUCUGCUGUGAAUUCAGUGUAACACUAAGAGUUUAUGUAUUUGGCCCAUCUUGCCACACGGGUAUGUUGCUUGUUUGUGUUAAUUAUUUUGCAAAAUAUGCCUGAGAGCUGGAUUAACUUUGUCAAAGUGUGUCAUUUUCCAGUGAAAGGAUGAAAAGUUUCUAAACUGCACAAAGACAACCGUGUUAAAUAACAUCAUAACAUAGAGACAGUAUUAAGUGCACACAUUUUACCUAAGACUACACCAGACUAAAGCUGAAAGAUCUACUCUCUCAAGAAAAAUGAUCAUAGCCAGUCUGAGUACGAACAGUCUAACUCAUGAACCAAUUAGUAAACAACAAAUCACUUCAAAGUUUCUUUAAGAUUUUACAAUGCUACAUCCUAAUGGCAAUUGCUAAUUCACUUGAGCCAAGGACACUGUUGACUCAUGUCUACAGAAUUUAGCAUUGAGACUAUUUUGCAAAGUAGAUUUGUAGCAUACAUUGGACUAUUUUUACUUUUAUUUUAAGCCAUACUCCUAACUUGCGUGUUGUUUACAACUCCCUUCACUUGGUUCCAUAGCCCCCAGAAAGGUCACAAAGAGAAUCAUUUGGCUGACUACUUUUGUUUUCCUCUCAAUGUGCUUUACAUUCAUUCUGUCCAGCUAUAAUGCAGAGCUACGUUAGGAAACUAAACGAAACCGCUACAGAAGCUAUGAGGAUAUGACUGUAAUUGAAGCAUUUUGCAUGGCUGCUCUAUUACAGGUCUCUUACUGCCUGGCUGUGAUGGUUCAAUCUGAGGCUGGAUAUACGGUUUUUGUUCAGAUAUUAAUGAUUGAACCUGCGCUGCGUGUGUUACCAACACACCUGAGUAGUGAAGGAAUACAGUAAGAUACCUUAAAUACCGCACAUAUUAAACAUCUUCCAGUCAUAACUAGAACAGUCAUGAUUCCAACAUCAAUUACUGUGACUGUCGUCCCAAGGCGGCUCAGAUAGUCAGAUCCAGUCUGUUCUGAUAGUGGCCAGAGAGAGACGGAGCUAAUCAACCAGUUCCUCUAGUUUUCUUUCUAAAUGCUAUCAUGCUGACUUUUUCUUGAGAAGCCACAACUGCUGAGGGUGCUCUGGCCCUCACUGUAGUCACAACCACAGGCUGCCUAGCUAUUCUGCAUGAAACUGUAGCUUAACCCAGCUCAGAGGAAAUACAAAACCUAUUGUGAGGUAAAGAUUUCUCGUUGUGACCUUUCAGGGGCUCCGUAGACUGAGAACUGAGAAUUGGAGUGUAAAAUUUGAGACAGAGACCUGUUCUAAGUUGCUGCAUCAUCUUGAGUUCAUAAAUUGGAUGUCUGCAUUGUUUCGUAUGGUCUGGUCAUCACUAGUCACUUACAUCAAUUUUCUAACUUGACUCAACUUCCAUGAGACUCAGCAAAAAUUCUUAGAAAAUAGAUUAUUUCUUAAAAUGAAUAUAUCCAUGUGAUUUUUUUUUUUUUUUAAACCACUUUGAAAAGGCUGUUUGUAUUAACACACUGGCAACAUUUAUUAUGGGUGUUCUGCUCUGUUUGAUACAAUGUGGUAUCACAGUCUUAGUCUUUGGCCUGACGGGGACAGUUUUGAGUUACAGGAAGUCAUUGUGAUUGUGUCUUUAUUGGUGAACACUGAGCACCACUGCUUUUAAGUGGCUGGGACAAAAGAAAAUCUUCAUUUUUUGUGACUGGUUCAGUUACAGCAUUUGGCAUACUAGGGCAGGAGUGAGAGGUGAUAUAUGUUUCUAUUUUAGUAAAUCUGUGUAAAUACCUUUGCAAAUUUUGUUCAAGUUUUGUCAAUAUUAAGUUCAUUACGGCUUUUGCCAUUUGAGUUUGUUUUUUCAACAUGUUUUCUGCCAAUUUAUGAACGAGUCUUUUUGAAUUCAGAAACAGCUUAGUAAUCCAGCUUUGUAACAACAAAUGAACAUGUACAUUGCGAAGUUCUGAUGUUUUUGCUUUGUUCUGUCCUGGCAGGCACAUUGAUUGUUAGAUUAGUGCUUUGUUAUUGUUCUUUUUUUUUGUUUUUUGUUUUUUUAUAAAUCAUUUGGAAAGAGUGUUGGUGUCAGUGUGCACUCUCAUUUCACUUCAUUUGACAUGUUAAAUUUUCUUUCAGACUUUUUGUAACAAGUCAUGGAGCAGCAGUUAAUCUGUAAACUGAAGCUACAGGUUACAUUUUGAAUUAAAAGUGAAAUUUCUCCUUUGGCCCAUCAGGCACAGGCCACCAGACCACACCUUUUCUCCUAAGCUAAGACAAUCGGAUCCUCAGGCUUAGACCAGCCCACUGCUGUAAUUUCAAGGGCGUUUUUCUUUGGCAUUAUUAACAGAUGUUCUCAUUCUUGCAGACCAUCUAAUCAUUUUAAUUAGAAAAGAAUACUUUAAAGCUACUUUUUGCUUUGCCACCAAGGUUAAAGUUGCACCUUACUGUCUUAGCAGUGGUAUAUGCCUGACUUGUAAGUCCAGGUAUUCAAGCUAAAGCAUGACUUUUGCUGGAGAUGUUAAAUUCCAUGUUGUCACAUACAGUGCUGUUUAAAUCUCUUGUACUCCCCUUGAGGUUUUUCUCUGGUAGUGUGCAGUCAGCGUAAUUUUUAGGGAAUUAAAUGAAAAGGAGUUACUGAAGUUACUCCUCCUUAGUUUUAUUACUGUUUCAGAAGCGUACUCUGCUCAGAUCUAAUAUUCAGAUUGUAGCUGUGUGCAGUAGAUUUAAUAUCCUCUCAUUGGACUGAAUGUUUUUCAAUUCAUGAAGUGAAAACUGCAGGAUACAUGUUUAUAUGGUGCUAAGACAACUUAGUACAAGCAAAUACAAAAUGAAGAAAUUAACAUUUCUGCUUUUUUUUUUAGUUUUACAAAAAUAUGCAUAGAAUUUAUUCAUGCAGAAUAUGCUGUGGGAGCAACAGAAGUAAACACACUAUGCUCACACUUGAACUAAUUAACCUCUAGUUCCUCAAAAGUAACAUUUAGCUACAACUUGAAUGUAAGAUUUGAGCAGCAUGAGCAGUGAAACACAACAAAGCUUUGACAAGGGGUUGCAGUUACCGUUACACUUCUGCCUCAAAUUUAUCAAAAGUUAUAUAACAUUAAAAUUGUCCUAAAACUAUAUGGUGCUAGGUGCCAUUUUGAUCUCUUUAAAAACGCGUAGCCUCAAGGGGUGUAUGUUAUUUGUUUUGUUUUAUAUGUUUUUAAGCAGCACUGAAAUUCGCAUCUUUGUGUUGAAUUUGCACUGCUAUGAAACAUGGGAAUUAGACUAGUGCAUUUUUGCAGUUACAGUUGAUGUUUUACAUGUACCUUAACUUUCCUAAAAAAACAGUUUUCUGGAAAAACUGUUCCAAUUAACCCCCUUAUGUCAGGGAAGCUUUUAAUUUUCAUGCCUCUGAACAACAAGAUAUAUCUGAAUGUUCCUCUGUGUUUAACAUUUUAAUUGAUUAAAUCUGGUUCCAGA